CAGGUCGGAGCACUGUGACUUGCUGCGCUGCAUUCGUGCUGCUCACGAACCGAGCGAGCAGGGAGAACGACGCUCGCUAGUCCACACCGACAAUCCAGCGUGGGAGUGUGCGUGUGCGCGUGACACUUAUGGCACAUAACUGAUCAGGGUCGACGACUCCCUGGCUCCCUGUCCUCCACUUAAGCACCCGAGAGUGUAUGGGAAGUUCUCCUGGAUGGACCUGGGCGAAACCGGCUGGUCCAUGGUGAAGCGAGAAGCGUCCAGCAGCCCAGGGUCACCGGCCGAGCCGAGCUACCUGCAGCCCGGUGACAGCCGGCGGAGCGGCGGCAAUCACACCCCGGACGAGUUGAGGACUCCCCCGGGCGAGCUGGACGCGCUAGGCGGCCGAGCGCUCCACCCGUACGCCCAUUUCGGACAACACGGCAACCCGCUGCAGAGCACCGGCGAGGACGUUACGCUCUUUACGGAUCUAGACCAGGGCGGCAAGCUGGUCCUGUCGGGUGGCGGGGCUCAUAAAGGCCUCCUGGUGGACCCGUCAGACAUGUACCAGACGUUGGCCAUCGCCGCGGCCCAGAGCCAGAGCGGAUACGAUUCCUCCUCGGGGGGUUACAUGCACUCCAGUCCAAACUCCCCCGUGUACGUGCCGAGUUCCCGGGUGGGCUCCAUGAUACCCGGCCUGUCGUACCUGCAAGCCGGCGGCUCGGCCCAAGCCGGCCACGCGGUCUCCGGCCACUCGGUAUGGUCGCAGCCGGCCCCGGAGAGCCCUUCGUACGGCACCGGGAGCCCGCACGCCUCGUCGGGCCGUUUUCACUACCCGCCCAGUCCGCCCAUGAACAACGGCGCGAGCCGGGACAUCGGCUACGGGAACUCACUGAACGCAGCCAACCGAGCCGAGCAGUACGGGCUCUCGCGGCCGCUCGGCGGGGCCUACCCGGGGGCUUACUCACCCUACGUGGCCCCGCAGCUCUCGCAGCUGCCGUCGCCGUGGACGGGCGGGCCCUUUGACAACAGCAUGCUGCACACCUUGCAGGGCAGGGCCGCGCCCUUGAUUCGAGGACCCAACGGAGUUUCGGAUCUCCUGGAUGACAUGUCGGAGAGCAGAGAGUGCGUCAACUGCGGCUCCAUCUCCACGCCGUUGUGGAGGCGCGACGGCACUGGGCACUUCCUCUGCAACGCCUGCGGCCUUUACAGCAAGAUUAACGGCCUCAGCAGGCCGCUCAUCAAGCCGCAGAAGCGCACGUCGACGUCCCGGCGGAUCGGCUUGUCGUGCGCCAACUGCCAGACGAGCACCACGACGUUGUGGCGCAGAAACGCCGAAGGGGAGCCCGUGUGCAACGCCUGUGGUCUCUACACUAAAUUACACGGGGUACCUCGGCCGCUGGCCAUGAAGAAAGAAGGGAUACAGACUAGAAAAAGAAAACCAAAAACGCUGAAUAAAACCAAAGGGGGGUCAGGAAGCAGCAACUCUGUUGCCAUGACGCCGACGUCCACAUCGUCAUCCAAUUCUGAAGACUGCUCGAAAACCGGCUCUCCCUCCACACAGGUGUCCGGGGUCAGCUCGUCCGCACUGCCCACCUCGGGGGAAGGCUCAGUGCUCAAGUACCCGGAGAGUCUGUAUGGCGCCGUGGGCCUGGCGCAGACCACUGACGUGAGCUCGGUGAGGGGAGAGCCCUGGUGCCCCAUGGCUUUGGCUUAAGAUGAGAGCCACGGAUCCUCAUUCGGAACUACUCUGGCUCAGGAGGGGGUGCAAUGUGUGAUUCUUUGCCCCUGUGGUUGAGCUGAGAAGAAGGACCGCCACGAGGAGAUUCUCACCAAGUGCUGAAUCGCUGGAUUUUGGAGUUUGACCCUUUUGGUAGCGGUGUCAUUUUAUCGGAUGUUUUUACGGACGUACUCACCAUCACUCUGAGAACCUCCACCAGCGUGACAGUUCCUCAAAAGGGACACCCCCGCAGUGUAAAAUGGAUUUCCUUCCAGAGCAUAUGGAUACUGAAAGACCCCUUUCAUUUUUUUCUUUUUCACAACUGGAAUCAUCACGCCUAAAGAAUCAAAAGAAAAGAAUAUUUAUGAAUCUCCCUUUGUUGAGAAGAUGAUUGUAAUAAAGUUAUGGAUUUAGAAUAGAUGCUCAAACCUUUCCCAUGUCUUCUUUCCCCACAUUUGGUUCAAACAGGGUAUUGUGGAUCUAUUUCAUGAUGUUGAAAUGUUCAAAAGGCAAUGCAAAUAAUGCCAUUAAGGUACUCUUGACAUUAAAAAACAAGCAAAACUUGACUUUAAAUGCAACAUUUUUAUGCAGAAGUUGAGCAAACUAAAAAUAAAAAAGUUAUCGAUACUAAAUUGCGUUUAACUCUUGGGAUCAUUUCCUCCCAGUCAAAAUUGACGGGACGUCUAUCGUUGUCAGUAGUGCUGACACGCAUAAUAAUUGCCAUUUUAUGUGUUUUAGCCAAUUUUUGGGUGCGGAAUCUAAAUCUGAUCUCAGUUUUUUUCCUAUCAUUUCAACUAGAGUUGUCGAUAAAAGCAUUUAAAAAUGAUAUCGGAUAAUAUUGACAUUGGAUUUCAUUAUCGGUUUUAGGCCAAUGUGCAUGUUGCCUUCAAAGUGAAUUUAGAAGCCUUCUGCCUUUGUACAAGGGCUGGUCACAGCUUACCUCAGCAGUUAUGCUUAUUGACCAUUAUAUGUCUCCAAACUGUUAUUAUUUUUGGGAAAACCUUGAAGUUGUUACAUUUAUCAUUAUUAAAGCAUCCAGUGGGGCAUCGCAAUAUAAUUAGCCAUAUUAUGUUAAGUCCAGCGGCACGGUGGCUGAGUGGUUAGCACAUCUGCCUCACAGUUCUGAGAUCAAGGGUUCAAUCCCGGGCUUCGGCCUUCCUGUGUGGAGUUUGCAUGUUCUCCCCGUGCCUGCGUGGGUUUCCUCCGGGAACUCCGGUUUCCUCCCACAUCCCAAAAACAUGCAUGGUAGGCUGAUUGAAUACUCUAAAUUGUCCGUAGGUAUGAGUGUGUGCGCGAAUGGUUGUAUGUCUCCUUGUGCCCUGCGAUUGGCUGGCAACCAGUUCAGGGUGUCCCCUGCCUACUGCCCGUUGUUAGCUGGGAUAGGCUCCAGCACCUCCGCGACCCUCGUGAGGAAUAAGCGGCAUGGAAAAUGAAUGAAUGAAUGAAUGUUAAGUCCAUGACCACAUAGAUCGGUAUCGGUUUGAUAUCGGUAUCAGAUUUUUGGAGUUGGACAAUAUCGGGAUAUCAGUUGAAAAGUCAAUAUCGGACAACUUUAUUCUCAACGUUUUUUUGCCCCGCUACCAUGUUGUUACUACAUGCACACAUCUUUUGUUAAAACAUAAUAUAGUUAAAUACCACAAUUUUCACACUAAAAGGCGCAUUUGACUAUAAGCCGCCACCCACCAAAUGUGACACGAAAACGGCAUUUGUUCAUAGAUAAGUCGCACUGGACUAUACGCUUCAGCUGUCCUUACUGUAUUAUGGGAUAUUUACACCAAAACAUAUUAACUGGAAAGGCUUUAUUUGACAGUGGCAUCAUAUGACUGUCAUAAGACCAAACGACCCAUCAUGAAGCUUUGCAGCCAAUUGGUUCAUUGCUUCAAGAAGCUUCAUUUGACCAUCUCUGCUCCCAUGGGGGAGACAGUCAACCCCUUCUUCCACCUGCUGUGAACACCAUUAUUGUCCAACAUGCCUCCUAGCAUGCAUUGCAGCACUAUAGAUGUAAAUAACAAUCAAAAUUCUUGUUCUGUGCUAAUCAUUUCUUCAGUAACUCUUCCAGUUGUUUCAUUAAUUGCUAGCUAUAGUAUUGGUAACACUUUAUUCAACAGUGGCACCAUAAGACUAUCAUUAGACAAUCAUAACUAUGACAAUUAGGGUUGUUCCGAUCAUGUUUUUUUGCUCCCGAUCGAUCGUUUUAGUUUGAGUAUCUGCCGAUCCCGAUAUUUCCCGAUCCGAUUGCUUUUUUUUUGCUCCCGAUUCAAUUCCAAUCAUUCCCGAUAAUUUUUCCCGAUCAUAUACAUUUUGGCAAUGCAUUAAGAAAAAAAUGAAUAAAACUCGGACGAAUAUAUAUAUUCAACAUACAGUACAUAAGUACUGUAUUUGUUUAUUAUGACAAUAAAUCCUCAAGAUGGCAUUUACAUUAUUAACAUUCUUUCUGUGAGAGGGAUCCACGGAUAGAAAGACUUGUGACUUUGUAUAUUGUGACUAAAUAUUGCCAUGUAGUGUAUUUGUUGAGCUUUCAGUAAAUGAUACUGAAGGCCAUGCCCAAUGCAUGAUGGGAAGUGGAACCAUGACAAGUGAAACCACGACUGUGCGUAGUGCUACCAACUCAUAUAUCUUCUCUGCGAUGGGAUAUAAUUCAAGGUGUUAAGUAGAAGAGCAAUUGUUACCUUGCUUCCCCAAAUUGCUUCCCAUGAUAUUUCUAAUCGUAGGGAGAAGGAUUGUAAGGCUUUAGCCAAUUAAAAUAAGGCUCCAAAGGCUGCCAAAAUUCACUCUGUUCAUUUUACGCUGCCUUUUAGCUCUCUAUAUAGGCAAAACGGCGCCAUUAAAGAUGGAGCGCGACAAUGCGUGAGUGGGUCGUGCAGAUGAUGCAUUAAUUGCGUUAAAUAUUUUAACAUGAUAAAUGUUUUAAGAAAUUAAUUACCGCUGUUAUUGGGAUAAAUUUGAUAACCCUACCUUAAGCCUAAACUAAAGCCUCUGGAUAAGUGUAACAUAUUAUGUCUGUAACGUUAAAUACAAUUAGAAAACGAUUUAAUUUAAAAAAAUAUAUAAUAUAUAUAUUAAAAAAAGGCAUGGCCGAUAUUUUUUUGCCGAUUCCGAUACUUUGAAAAUGACGUGACAUCUCUAUUGACAUUACACUGUAAUAUACAUUAAUGAAUGCUUAUAACAGAUGUCAUUCAGUGUUAUCCGGCAAAUUAUCUCAGUGUAAAUGGAUGUAAAAGAUCCAAACUGGACAUAAAUGGGGUUAGUACAUAAUUUGCCGGAUGACACUUAAUGACAUCUGUCAUAAGCAUUCAGUAAUGCCCAUGAAAGUGUCAUGUCAUAAAUAUGACUGUCUUAUGACAGUCUUAUGACACCACUGUCAAAUAAAGUGUUACCAAAUACCAUAACAAGCAAUUAAUAAAACAACUGGAACAGUAAAUGAAUAAUAAUUAGCACAGAACAUGAAUUUUGAUUGUUAUUUUAAUCUGUAGCGCUGCAAUGCAUGCUAUGAGGGAUGGGGUAUCCAUUAAACCAAAUAAAUCAACAAAUAAGCAGCACUGGACUAAGUCCCAGAAUUAAAAAGGAUGGAAAAAGUAGCGUUUUAUACUUUGUAUUUUAUUGUAUAUAACAGUAUUUGACAAUUUUCAUCAAACAAGCACAUAUGAGUGUUUUCAUUAUUUUUUAGAAAACAGUGAUCCUAAAGUUUAAAAAACUGAACUCCGUUCGAAUUUCGCACCUAAAAAUGUGUUAAAACACCUGUUAGUCAGAAAUAGACAUAAAAAGUGUUCCUCAGUGUAAUCACUCUGCCAGCCAUCCCGGUAACAAUUCUCCAGGUAUUCCAUCUUUCUACCAAAUUCCCAAAGCACGGAAGUUAGGAUGACUAAAUUCUCUUUUUGUGUAAAUUUGAAUGCUUGUUUGUAUAUUCUCACCAUGACCAAGCUUGCAAUCAGUCCAGGGUAUACCCAGCUUCACUCACUCAAAGACAGCUGUGAUAGAAUAGAAUAGAAAAUGGAUCAAUGCAUUUUAGUUGCAGAAAGUCAACAUUCCAAAGGUGUGUUUUAUUCGCUCCGAACACAGGUGGGUGGUGUCCAAAAAUCUUGUUUUUCACUCAUUUGGAUUUAUUUAUUUGAAAUAAAUGCAUCAUUUUACAAUUGUCUUUAGCAUUUUUUAAAGGAUUUAUUUCAUUGAAAUCCAGUAACUUGUUUUGGUGUUAAUGAAAUUACGUUUUCAAAAUUAUGGUAUUCCCUCCAUUGUUGGAUAUUUAGAGGGGAAAUGAAAAAAAAAAAAAAAAAAAAGGUAUUUUCUAACAAUUAAAAUGCAACAAUUUGUUAUUCUUUUUAAGGCUGAUUUUGCUUCCACGUUUCUUUAUUAAAGCAAGGCCAAAUUCCUUCAUGAUUACAGUUUUUUAUUAUUUUUUUGCCUUAUUGUUGCAUUUAUUACAACCUGUAUGUGAAUUCAAAUGCAUAAUGCAUGUUAUCGUAAAUAACCCAAUGAAUGAAACUAAUUAACGCAUUUACUGCCAUUGAGCCACAAUACAUGUCCAUCCAUCCACCCACCCACCCACCCACCCAUCCAUCAUCUACCGCUUAAUCCGGGGUCAGGUCGCGGGAGCAGCAGCUUUAGCAGUUCCCUGCUAAAGAUUUACCGUAAUUUCCCGAAUAUAAGGCACACCCGUGUAUAACGCGCACCCCAAAUUUACUUGUAAAAUCUAGGGAAAAUUAUUGUACCCGUGUAUAACGCGCACCCUAAUUUUAGCAACAAUAAACAGAAGAAUACAAGAAAACAGCUCGUGUACAGAUACAGAAAUGCCAUUUUACUGACUGGUGAAACACAGCACAAGCAUAGCACAUUGGUAGUUCAAAACAUUACCGUAAACUGACAAUAUGUACGGUAAUAAUAUGAUCUGAUAACUUCUUGAACUUACCAGAAUCCAGGAGAAAAUAAAACAGAUGUGACUUUUCUUUUAAAGGCUGCUGUAUAACUUGCUCGUUUCAUCAUGAUGAAUAAAUGUUUCCUCCAUGCAUUGAUACGGUAAAAUGAAAGUGAGAACGUAAGUCGUAAAUCCGAGAGAGCUCAUCGCCGUCAACAUGACAGUAACAAUAGGAACUAUUGUUAUUUGGGUUUGAGUUUCCCGAGGGACAGAUAUAGUUGACGGACACAGGAAGUCUGUGAUGUGUUACGUUUGUUAUGGUCCGAGUUGCGGAGCUGCAAUAAACGUUGACUCAAAUGAGUUCAAGAAACUAAAUUCUGUGCUUUAUGAAGAGUGAAAAAAGCAGAAUUUAACACAGACGAAAUCAUUCGACCGAUCAGAGUGAAGUAUUACCGAAACAAAAUGGUGACGUCACGUACCGUAAUGGUCGGCAAUGGAUCGCGCAUACGUUUAUUCAACACAACAUGGCCGUGUCAAUUUAAAAAAAAAAAAUCGGUUUAUAUUAAGGCUGUCAAAAUUAUUGCGUUAACGAGCGGUAAUUAAUUUUUAAAAUUAAUCCCGUUAAAAUAUUUGACGCAAUUAACGCACAAAUGCCCUGCUCAAACAGAUUAAAAUGAGAGCACAGUGAAACCUGUACUUGUUGUGUUUUUCGGAGUUUUGCCGCCCUCUGCUGGCGCUUGGGUGCGACUAAUUUUAUAGGCUUCAGCACCCAUGAGCAUAGUAUAAGUAAUUAUUGACAUCAACAAUGGCGGGCUACUAGUUUAUUUUUUGAUUGAAAAUUUUACAAAUUUUAUUAAAACGAAAACAUGAAGAGGGGUUUUAAUAUAAAUUUUCUAUAACUUGUACUAAAAUUUAUCUCUUAAGAACUACAAGUGUUUCUAUCCAUAGAUCGCUUUAACAGA